GUGCAAAAAAAAAAAAAAAACAGAGCAAAAAGAUGUCAACCACUGUACAGUUUUACGCUUCCAUGAGCAUGCAAAUUUUGUUAAUUUUUGGGGGGUUUUUUCAGCACUUAUUUUUUGAACACGGCCUAGCACAGUUUAGCAUGUAAUCCUCGUAUUUAUUCUGGAUUUAUAGCAUACAGUCCCUCAAGAAUUGAAGUGCAUCUAGUAAGAGCUAAUUUCAAACCAACCGACUGAGAAACAGAGAGAGAGAGAGAGAGAGAGAGAGAGAAAACUAAACUGUGCGCAGCGUUUGGCACCAUGUAAACUUUCUUAAGCUCCUAAUCUGCCAGAGUUGAGAACUUGGACUGCUCAGCACAGCUUGCUGAAGCUCUAGUAGCAAAAAUCAACACUGAAUUUGAAAUGCUUCUGUGUUUUUUUCAAAGAACAAGCAUGCAUAAUGUCAGCUUCUCAUCCUGCCCCUGUCUGGUGUAUUCCCACUUAAACGCCAAUGAAUCUGGGCGCAAGUCUCCCGUUAACGCAUGCGCUUCCCUCUCCUUAGAAAACGAGAGAGGAAAAAAAUAUAUAUAUUUAUAUUUUUUCUAAUACUCAGUUAAACAUCUGUUCAAUUAUCAUUAUUUUUUGCCUCUCCCUAUGUGAGCUGAAGUGAAAUCGCGGCAGGGAAAAGAUGUUCCAACAAGCUCCCCGGGUCUUCUCCUUACUUCAGACUCAGUGUGAGAACUGCAGGGAUUAAAUUGAUGUCCUCCCCAUGAGUUGGUGUUUGAUUUUGUCGUGAACAGCUACAUUAAUUGCAAAGCACAGAGGCGCAGUCAAAACACUGCAUGCAUGCGCACCCGCCGAGACGCACGCACUCGCAGCGGGGCGCGCGCGGACGGCUUCGAGAUUUGAGUGGCUGGGGCGGGACGUUUGCGCCGGAGCGAGGCGGGGACAGGGCGCGCUCCGGUCGGGUUGGUGGGCAGCUGAUUGUCCGUGUCAUUACCGGAGCUCGGGAGGGAAAGAGGCGUUCCCAGAAACCACGCCCCCUUUCGCCUUACUAUAGUUUCUCCUGCUUGGCAUCCCAGAGAUGGUCCGAAGUGAUUCCUCAGGGGAAGCGAAAAGAGCGCAAAUCACCCGAGCAGGAGCGGGCGCUGCCGAGCGGCGGAUAUACCCAGGACUGCCUUCUUAAUUGCGCUAAUCUUCCGUUUUAUCCAUCUGAGCCGGAAGGAGGACUUUUGCUUUGAAAGCGACGGAGCAAAGAGAGAAACCUGUUUCAUCUUUGGCCUGUUUGUUGCAAAAACUGACAUUUUUGCUUGUUUCUUUCUUUCUUUUUUUUGUUGUUUGUUUUGUUGUUUGUUUUUGUUUUUAUCAGCUGUACCUUGAUCCGAGGAGGAGAGGCGGGGGGGGGGACUGUCGCCGGCUCAGCGCGCACUCUCAUCCUGCGCUUCCCCCUUUCAUCGCUCUCACGUCGCUCCUCUUCGCAGCUGCUGCCUCCCGCUCUCCCUCAACAUGAGGAGCAGCUAACCCUGGAUGCUGACAGCUCCCCUUUUUCUUCCCCACAUGUCGCGUCUUUUGUUUACUUUGAGUGGAACGCGCGCGUCUAAACACCGAGUGGAAUAGACCCACGCCACUUUGCUCCUGUGACAGCGCUAUCAAAGGGAGACGCCGAGAGGCGAGGAGGGGAGGCAGAGAAGAGAGGGAAAAGGAGGAUAGCGACAGAGAGGAGAGAGAGAGAGAGAGUGAGAGUGAGAGAGAGAGAGAGAGAGAGAGAGGGGAGAGAGACAGAGUGAAGGUGCGUUUUGAUGUUUGGCAUCCACGAGAGCAUCCAGAGGAGUGGGAGUAGUAUGAAAGAGGAGCCCAUGGUGGCCGGGAUGAACGCGGUUCGGACAUGGAUGCAGGGCGCCGGAGUGCUGGACGCCAACACAGCCGCCCAGAGCGGAGUGGGUCUCGCUCGGGCGCACUUCGAGAAGCAGCCGCCCUCCAACCUCCGCAAGUCCAACUUCUUCCACUUCGUCCUGGCUUUGUACGACAGACAGGGUCAGCCGGUGGAAAUAGAGCGGACCACGUUUGUCGACUUUGUGGAGAAGGAAAAGGAAACGACGGGGGAAAAGACCAACAAUGGCAUUCAUUAUAGGCUUCAGCUCCUCUACAGUAACGGAAUCCGGACAGAGCAGGACUUAUAUGUUCGACUCAUUGACUCCAUGACUAAACAGGCGAUUGUCUAUGAGGGUCAGGAUAAAAAUCCAGAAAUGUGCCGGGUCCUGUUAACCCACGAGAUCAUGUGCAGUCGGUGCUGCGAUAAGAAGAGUUGCGGCAACAGGAACGAAACCCCAUCAGACCCUGUCAUCAUCGACAGGUUCUUCCUCAAGUUCUUCCUGAAGUGCAACCAGAACUGCCUGAAGAACGCAGGGAACCCUCGAGACAUGAGGCGUUUUCAGGUGGUUGUGUCCACUACGGUGAGCGUCGAGGGCCACGUCCUGGCCGUGUCUGACAACAUGUUUGUGCACAACAACUCCAAACACGGUCGGCGGGCUCGACGUUUGGACCCCUCGGAAGGAACUCCGUCCUACCUGGAACACGCAACCCCCAGCAUCAAAGCCAUCAGUCCCAGUGAAGGCUGGACAACAGGGGGCGCAACGGUCAUCAUCAUCGGAGACAACUUCUUCGAUGGCCUCCAAGUCAUUUUUGGAACAAUGCUUGUCUGGAGUGAGUUGAUCACUCCCCACGCCAUCCGUGUGCAGACCCCGCCCAGGCACAUCCCCGGGGUGGUGGAAGUCACGCUGUCCUACAAAUCCAAACAGUUCUGCAAAGGCACACCUGGACGCUUCAUCUACACAGCACUAAACGAGCCAACGAUAGACUACGGCUUCCAGAGAUUACAGAAGGUCAUCCCCAGACACCCUGGAGACCAGGAGCGAUUACCCAAGGAGGUGAUUUUAAAGAGAGCCGCCGACCUGGUGGAAGCCUUGUAUGGGAUGCCUCACAAUAACCAGGAGAUGAUUCUAAAACGAGCGGCGGACAUCGCAGAGGCCCUCUACACGACAGUGCCGCGGGGCCACAACCAGCUCGCCAGUCUGGGCAGCAGCUCCGUCCACGCCGGCAUGAUGGCUGUAAACUCCUUCACCGGGUCGGAGGUGGCACAAACGGCCAAUCAGGGUUUCAGUAGAAGUACAAGCAGUGUGUCCCCUCAUGGUUAUGUUCCCAGCUCCACUCCUCAGCAGGGCAGCUACAGCUCUGUCUCCACUAGCAUGAAUGGCUACGCUAAUUCUGGCAUGGCAACCCUGGGCACUUCACCCAACUUCCUCAAUGGAUCAGCAGGCAACUCGCCCUAUGCUAUCGUCCCAUCCAGCCCGACCAUGGCGUCGUCAACCAGCCUGGCGUCCAACUGCAGCAGCUCCUCCGGCAUUUUCUCUUUCUCUCCGGCCAACAUGGUCUCCGCCGCCGUCAAGCAGAAGAGCGCCUUCGCCCCCGUCGUUCGGCCCCAGAACUCGCCUCCUCCUACCUGCACCAGCGCUAACGCUAACAGCCUGCAAGAUCAGUCUUUUGUGGAUUCUAGCAAGUACUCAUCAGCCAGCUCUCUGCAGGGCCUGGCCUUCUCCUGAACAAUCCCUGGGAUGAUUGUUCCACCCAUGUAGAGGAUGUGGGAAGCUGGAGAUUUUUGGGGAGAGCGUUGAGAGAAAAAGGCACGGUAGCGGAGCCUGGCAAGCCUCUGCUGCUCUCCAGAGCUUCAGUGAAGGAAGCAAAGAUAAGACGCUGGACUAUAAAACUCAGGCCUUUCCAAUGGGAUUUCAUCGGAAUGGGAUAUGGCAGAAUAUUAAGGGGACAUAUUGAGCCUUUGUGAUGUUUCUUUAUUUUUGUUUUGUUUUGUUUUUCCCCUUUUUUUGGUCGAAUUAGUGUAGCAUCUCUGACACCAAGUCGGAUGGAGUGUAAAGAGACUGAUCGCUUGCCCACAGUGUGCCACUGACCUCAUGAAAAGAGCAUUUAUUUAUCUUGAUGUUUAUGGCUGGAAGCUUUGGGUUUGAUUAUGGAAACCACACCUCCCAUCCCUCCCCCCACCCCUCACCUCUCGCCGUUUUGCGGCCUGUACCGUCUAUGAAGUUCUCUGUUUGACUCGCACGGGUCUGCAACACAAAACGCAUAGAAAAACAUAGAAGAGAACCAAUUCCACCCUCAAUAGUUGCUGCUAGUUCUCUCACAAAUCUAAAGAGUUGUCCUUUAAAAGAAACCCCACCUGCCUUUUGUGUUUUAUGUUCCCCUUCCACGUUUUGUUUGUUUGUAUGAAUUUUUUGAUAAAACUGUGAGGAUUGAGCUGUUUGCAAUAUGCUUUUCUCUGCUUUAUCAUGUGAAGGAAAAGGUAAAGAUUUUGUCUUUGUUUUUUUUUUUUUGUUUGUUUUUUGUUUCUUUUCGGUUGGAGAUGUUGGUAAAGACUUGAAAAGCCGGAGGAUGUGCGCGUCCAGCCAGCACUGUUACUGAAGGAGCCUAGCAGUUAUCAAAUUUAACAAAAAAGAAAAAAGCGUGACAUAUGUGAUAUAUUUUUGUAUAUAUUAAAUAAAAAGUUGACUUUUGUUCCUUUUUUAAAAAAAAAAAAAAAAAUCUGGCAUCUCGUUUCCUUUCGCGAUAGCUAUAGUUUGGGAUGUGAGCAUUAAAACGUCUCAUGGCAGCUUCUCAGUACAGACAAUAGAUUUUUUUUUUUCCCUGUGUUGUCAAUAUCUCAUCUGCAAAACACGAAUUUGGAUUCAAAAAGGUAAAAAAGGGGGAGUCCUGUAAAAUAUCCUAUAAAUAAUGUAUUUAUCCUGUGUAUGUACAUUGACUUUCACCAUCGUUUAGUUGUGUUGUGUACGUUUAAUGAAAGUAAUUGAACAUAUGUCACAGUCUUUUGCUUUGUUACUGUUGUCUCCCACUAUUUAAAUGUGACUGUUUUAAUUGAUUUAUUGACUGUGUUUUGGGGGUGUGGGGUUGUUGCAUUGAUAAACUUUUUUUUUUCUCUCAUUCAAAACAUGUCAUUGACUAUUUUUGUAUUAUUUGUAAGUUAAUAAAAGAAAAAUCUGUUCUUUUUUUUUUCCUUAUAAAAUGUUUAUUGUACGGCAAAAAAGUAGCAUCUUUACAGAGUAUUUGGUUGAGGUAGAUUUUUUUAAGAAUAUAAACACACAUUAAUAUAUACUGUAAAUCUAUAUCUUUUUGUUUGAACCUUCGAGGCUUUUAGAUGGAUACUGUUCUUGAUCUGAUAAUAUGCAUGGGCUCAUCUCUUGAGUGACUGCCUAGUGUGUGUGAGUUGGUAUGCGUGUGUGUGGAAACCAAGAGACUUAAGGAAACGUUUGGUUUAUUCUUUUGUUGUGUUCUCUUUCUUCCUCCCUUUGUUCCUUCUCUUAUGUUAUUUAUGCCUGCUUACAUCUACUAUCUAUAUACUCUUUCUUUUUUCUGCCACUGUAAUCCUUACCAGCAGUCUAGAUGCCUUAACAAUGCAAGCCCUUUUUCUUCGUUCAAUCACAUGUACAGUUUUCUACCCUUCACCACAGUUGUGUGUUGCCACAGAGGAAUCCACGAGAACUUUGGGGACAAAGCACAAACCCGCUCUGUUCGGUGCUGAAGCCAGACUAGAAUACAAAGAGCCAUAACUCAACAAUCUCACACACCCUGGUGUACUAUAAUGCUACGGCGAUGGCAUGCUUUGAGAAAGGCAGUCGGAGCAGACUGACUCCUCCAUGCUUGCUGCACAUUAGCGUUGAAAGAAAUUGGUUCUUUUCUUUUUCUUUUUCUUUUUUCCCAAUUGUGUAGCUUUUUUUUUUUUCCAAUUGGGGAACGAUUUCGACAGCACGACGGGGAUUUUAUUUUAUUUUUAUUUUUUUCACAACACAAAGUAGUACUUUUUGAACUUUUAGACGAGCACUGUCACAGCACAAUUUUAAUAUCCGACCUGCGCCGGCCUCAUGGCUAAGUCAAAAAGAACGGCAGCACACGAAGCCCCGCCCCCCUCCACACGAAGCCCCGCCCCCCUCCCAUGCCCCUGUCAGCAAUUUCCGUCAUUUCCUCUUUGUCUCUGCCGUGUGUCUUCAAGCUGUUGCUGGACGGGGGCGGGGGGGAUCUGUAGGGGGCGAAUGGGGGCUUUUCUCUCUUCGCUUUUCUUUUCUAGGGGCCUGGUUUUGUUAAAGUGACUAGAGAGGAUCGUUUUAGCGGCGGCGCCUGCUGACAGACAAGUGUUUUUCAGGCACUUAUGCUCCUGCACCCGCCCGGGCCGGGGCACGUAGGGGAGGUUUGGGGGGCGAGGAAGGGAAGUGGGGGUGGUGGCUGGUCUGUUUCAGAUAAUCUACAGAGGUCUGUUGUCAUACAAUGGCAUCUUUGUAAGCAAAGUUCCAUCCUGGACAUGAAUAUCAGUAGUGGGUGACAAAGUUUUGUAUUUAGGUAACAAACAAGAACAAAAAACAAAAAAAUGAUGCAAACCAAAUAGCUGGUGUCUAUUUUUUUCCUAUGUUUGUCCUUGACUGCAAAUACACUGAACAGCUCUAUAAUAUAAGGGAAUAAAAAAAAUCUACUGUAUAGAUUGUUAUUGUUUUUGAUGAAAAUUGAGCUGUAAGAUAACUUUUGGACUCUCACGAUGUUAAUUAAAGUUACCUCUUGUCUGUGA